CUUUGCUCUGGAGGAAGAGAAGCAGGCAUGACACUGACUUAACUAAAGAGUUGAGGAGGGUAGAUUGAUUGACAAGGAUCACAGAGACACACAGUGGGACGAGAAGGAGAGACAAGGAGAAGCCAAAAGAGGGGAGCAGGUGACUGAGGAAUAAAACAAGCAACAGCUGCAGAACAGCAGGAAGAGAAAAAGAUGGGUGAACGAGUGGCACAGGGCUGCUGGCUGCUGCUCACACUCUCUCUGAAAGGUAUUCUCGCAGGGGAUUGGUCAAUUCAUCUCCCCUCCAGUCCUAUUAAUGCUGUGAUUGGUUCCUCUGUGGUUCUCCCUUGUUCCUAUGACUACCCCCAAAGUUUUAAUGAAACCAAGGAAGAGGGACGGCUCUCUUCUCAGGGUGGAGGAGAAGGACAAAAGUACAAAGUUUUGUCUGAAAUGUGGUGUCUCGAAGACAGUCGCUGUAUCACACCAAGAUAUGUCUUCCACAGUGAUGGUGUCUUCCCAGAUCCGUCCUACAAGAACAGGGUAGAGUACCUAGGACAACCAGGAACAAAAAACUGUUCUCUGAAGAUUUCUGAUCUGAAGCAGUCGGACAGCGGCACAUACGUGUUUUACCUCAUCACCAGCCACCCUACACAGAAGAUGCCAGAGCAGAGUGGUACACAGCUCCUGGUGACAGCGACGACCCCGUCGGACUCUUCAGGACCCAGAUUGAUGCUUAUCGGAGUCACCAUCGGGGUUCUACUGGCUAUUGUGGCCAUAGUGGCCAUUCUCUUAACACGGAAACGGAAAUCAUUAAGACACCAGUCAUAUGUCCUGACCGAGACAACCGCUCCAGCACCUUAAGGACUCAUAAAAGCAAAAACAC